AGGGAACAGGAAACCGUCAGUCCCACUAGCUUUUCUUUCAUCUCUUCUCUCCUCCCUCUUUCUCUCAGUCAAUUGUAAACCUGCUGCAGUUCAGCCAGAAAGAUUGAAGCAGAAGUGUAGAAAAGACAAACCGGUGCUUUGUAUUUUCAGCCCUGUUUUCUGUGGACAUUCAGAAAUUUAGAAAGUUCCAACGCUUCCUGUAAUCUUACGCAUCUUACAUUCUCCUGCCCCUUCGAGUCUUAAGUAAAGGUACAUAAGACACCAUCAAGAUGGGCUGCUUUGCAUUUUUGAAAACAAUGAUGUUUAUUUUCAAUGGCAUCAUCUUUUUGGCUGGAGCAGGUAUCUUGGCUGUAGGUAUCUGGGUAAAGGUAGAUAAUAACUCUAUCAUGGGUGCUCUACAAGGCCUGUCUGGUGCCCCAUCUGAGCUGAAGCAGGUUCUGAAUGUAGGCUACCUGCUGAUUGCUGUGGGUGGUGUGCUGAUGCUGCUCGGCUUCCUGGGCUGCUGUGGUGCUGUUCGCGAGAGUAGGUGCAUGCUGCUUACAUUCUUUGUCAUUAUCCUUAUAGUUUUCAUUGCUGAGGUUGCUGGAGCAAUUGUGAUUUUGGUCUUCAAGGGACUGAUACAAACUCUGAUAACUCAGCUGGGAGUCACUGUAGUGGAAAGCAUUCGAAAAGAUUACGGCAAUAAUCCAGACGUCACGGGUCUGUGGAACACCACUAUGGACUUGCUGAAAUGCUGUGGAUUCAACAACUAUACAGAUUUCACGGGUUCCCCGUUCGUCCAAAGCACCCAACUGUAUCCAAUCCAGUGCUGUCGGCUUCAACCCUGUAGUUACCUAAACGCUACAGUUGCGAAUAUAAAUGGAUGUUUGCCAGCAUUGAUGAAAAUCGUUGAUUCAAAUUCAGUUGUCAUCAUAGCGGUGGCCUUGGGCAUCGCCGCACUUGAGCUCUUCGCCAUGGUUGUCUCCAUGACCAUGUAUUGCCAGAUAAAAUCCACAGAAGCCUGAAACCUGACCAAAAGACCAAUCCCAACUUCUGAAAUGUAAAAUCUACUGAAAACUUUUUCAAAAUAAAUGUUGAUUUUUAGAAUUGAUGUAAAUUAAAAUGGUUUGUUUCUUAUAUGAACACUGAAUAUGUGCACAGUAAUAUAUUUAUGUUCAUUAAAGGAUUUAUUAUGAUUAAUGUUUAUUAUUGAUUCAGACAUGUUUUCCACAGAUAACUCAGUGUCUACUGACAUAGUGUUAUAGACACAAAAAUGAUCAAUGCCUUUUUAUCCAGUUUUUGCUGUGAAAGUAUCUGCAAUGAAUAUUAUAGACAUUUAUAGAUAUUUUGUGAUAAUUAUAUGUUUCUUAAAAAUGCACCUUUACAAACUUUUUACAAAUUGUUUUGUGUAAAUAAAUGACAAAUUAAAGAAUGAAUCUAUAUA